GAUUUUAGUCCGACCGGACAUGCUUUACUAGAAAUGCACAUGAAACAGUGGGUACGCUACUGCCUACCACGUACACAUAUAUGAGCGAGGAAGGUGCUGUCAACGUCCAGCUCCCACCUCACAACUUCCCACCCACCACUACCACCAACACGCACACACAAACACAUACACAUACACACACACACAUUGCCACAAUGGUCAAGACGAUUUUCGGAGGAUUUCCCCUCUCAGACCAAGCAUCCUUCAAAACCCAAGAAGCUCGCGCUGAGGUCAUUGAGGUCCUAAUCAAGAAUGGUGUUAAGAACAUUGACACAGCACGCAUAUACCCCGGAUCCCAAGAGGCCAUUGGAAAGCUCGAGAAGCGCAAGGAAUUCACCAUCGAUACCAAGCUACCCGGCGGCUUUGGUCCUGGCACUGCCACAAAAGAAAAUGUCAUCAAGGACGCCCAAGACUCGUUGGACACCGUGAAUAUUGAGCAAUUCGACAUCCUCUACAUCCACGCCCCCGACCCAUCCAUUCCCUUCGAGGAAACUCUUGAGGGAAUCAACGAAGCCUACAAAAAAGGCAUCUUCCGCCGCUUUGGCCUUAGCAACUUUUCCGCCGAGCAGGUGCAGCAAGUCUACGACAUUGCAAAGGCAAAGGGAUACCCGCUGCCCGCCGUCUACCAAGGAAACUACAACCCCGUCGCCCGCCACCUGGAGACACAGCUCUUUCCGCUGCUACGCAAGCUAGGCAUCCACUUUUAUGCCUACUCACCUCUUGCUGGUGGUUUCCUUACCAAGACAGCCGCAGACCUCGACGCCGGCGCAGGCCGCUUCAACAAGGGGGCCCUAGGAGGCCUAUACAGCACGCUCUACGACAAGGAACCCAUCCGCAAUGCGCUAGCCAAAUGGAACGAAAUCGCCGAAAAGGAAGGUGUCUCCAAAGCCGAACUUGCGUACCGAUGGGUCGCGUUCCACAGCGCGCUGCAGGGCGAUGACGACGGUGUCAUCUAUGGGGCUAGCAAGCUGCCGCAGGUGGAGCAGACGGCCCAGUGGCUCAAGAAAGGAAAGUUGAGCAGUGAGGCGGUCAAGGGCAUUGAUGAGAUUUGGGAGAGCGUCAAGGAAGUUGCGCCUAUUGACAAUUACCACAGCAGGGGGUAAAGGGUGACGUUGCACCAAGGAAUGGGGGGAGAAACGAAACUCCGAGGCAUGUGGGGAUCUUGCAUGGUUCUUGGUGGAGAUGGACAACGUCAGCACACACAUAGUAAACGCCAGCAUACACUUGUUUUUUUUUGGGCAAGUUACAUGGAUCAUGUCGUUAGAAUAUAAUUCUGGGAAUAGAGUAUUCCGCUGCCCUGUUGCAAAUCAUGUGGUGUCAUCCCUUUCCUUGACC